GUCAAAUAUAAGCCAAUUAGGUUUGAGGAAUGAUUGAAGAUUUCUUAUAUAUAUUCUGUUAGUGAAAUUUUGAUAUUUUAACAUUAUUUUGUAGAAGUCAAGAAUUAUUUACUUCUACUUUUUAAGGUUAGUAUGUGAGUGAUAAUAAACAAAUAACAAUUAAUACAAUCUAAAUGGCUACAAUAUCCUGGUUAAAUAUAUUAAGAGUGAGAUCGUUUCUACAACUCGAUCGUCAUUUAUUAAGUUUAUUAAAUAAUACUCACAAGCAAAAAACGAUAAGAAGAAACAUUUAUGUUUCUGAAAAAAACGAAGAAGAGGAGAAAAAGAAAGAACAAGCGAAGAGAGAUAGUGAAUCUAAAAUAACACUUUUAUUACCAAACGAUUCUAUGACAAUUACGUAUUUGGAGGAUGCCAAGAAACUCGCAAAGCGUCGAAAUUUAAUAUUAACAAAAGUAGAAAAUGAACAAAAAAAUUCAUCUAGAGAUACGUACAAACUCGUAAAACUAGGAGAAGAAUUCUUAGAAACGACAGAUAAUGUUACAGAAAAUAAAAUUAAAGCAGAACGAAAUGGUAAAAUAAAACAGAUACAGAUAUCUGGUAAAAUUUCUACGCAUGAUCUCAAUAUAAAAUUAAAACAUGUCAAUAAGUUAUUAAGUAAACAGUAUAAGAUCAAGUUUAUCAUUAAUCAUGAUUCGGACACACAAGAUAAAAUAUUUAAAUAUGCAGAAUCUAAUAUAAAACAGCAUGGAACAAUACAAAAAACCGUAAAAUCAUUGUAUACAACACUUAUAAUUACUCCUAUUUUAAAUGAAGAUAGCAAUAAGAAUCCGCAUGAUGUAAAUGGAUUUGUUCAUUCAGUAUCCUUAACUAUGUAAUACUGUCACGGUUUAAAUUAAAUAAAAUACAAUAGAUAUUAGCUAGAAAUCAAAUUUUUUGAUAGUUCCACAAAUAACUUAGUGAAAAGAUUUAUUACGGACAUU